GUACCUAGAAACCUAAUAUAAAGUUAGAUGCUUAAAUGAAAAUCUCUCUUCUACCUACAUACAACUAUUUUUUCUAGAUCUAUUCUACUACUAACCUCCCUACCUCUUACCUACUUAAUAUAUAAAACUACAUCAUUGCAUCCUUGAUAAUAUCUACUCAUAUGUAUUAUUAGGGCUCCAAAUUCUCGUCCAUCUCAAUUUGUCUUAUUUCUUGGUCUCUCUCAUCUUGUAGGACCAUUCCCCCCUUUCCAUUAGGUAACCAACCACAGUAUUCCUAAUACCGUGCGUAACACCCACAAAUACUGUCUAUUUACACGGAUCAGUGCACGGUCUCGGCCUGUGCCGGACAGCCGGGUUAGCGCGCUGCCUUGUGCCGGAAAACCGAUCAAUCCAGUCCAGGGAAUUUCUUCAAACCGUCAUACUUGGCAUUGAAGAAAGCGACCCGUCGCAUCAAGAAGACGAUCAACUCUUUUCACAUCCCUAUCUUCCCCCAAAAAGGAGAGUUUCAGUCGCCGGAAGAUGACGAGCCAUUCAUUAAUUCCAUGAUUGAAUACACUCUUUACUCACCUUUCAGCUACGCUAGGGCUACGCUGUCCACCUCGCAUGAUGAGCACGUCUCCGAGCGUCGAACUCACCACCGUUAGCAGCACAAGCUCCAGGCGCGACCAGGGCCAGGCCAAGAGCAGUCGCCGCCAGUCGCCGCGGCGGACGGGACAUCCAGCAGAGUCGGGGCUAGAGGCCUUACCACUCGAGCUGCAGUAUUUUAUCAUCUCUCAUCUGGACCUGACGAGCUUAAUCACCUUGCGGGAGACAUGUCCCUUAUAUCGCCAGAUCAUCACCGUUGAUGUCGUCCGCAAGCAAUUCACUACCCAGGAUGGCUUCCCUCACACCGUCCUGAGCAGCUGUUGCACCGAAUGUCUGUGCAUGCCGGGACUUGAUCGCUUGAUCGUGGAUACGACGCGUCCGGAGGACGCGUGGCGGUCUAUCUGUUUCCGAUGCUGGCGUUAUCGGCUAAGUCGUGAGAACCAGCACAAGCAGUGGCCGCUGGUACAAAUGGUCAACGGCGACUAUGGCUACAUAUGUCAUUUUUGCACUUGGCCGGUCCAUAGCGGCAAUUCUAAUAGCCGCAUCAAAAACAUGCAUGCCCCUUGCAGGGUGAGGAGGCUCGUCGUAGUUAUAUCGUGGUUAAUCAUGGCCAUCAUACAGUUUGGUCUCGGCAUGCUGGCUGCUGUGCUGGCGUGGACUAUGUUCCGAAAUACAUCGGCAGUUCUGAUACCUGCCACCAUCGAUUUCUGUCUGGCGGUAGUGGCAGUAAUGAUCUUCGUGGUUCGUGUAGGCACUACGAACGAGGUCACAUAUACGCGUGCGCUGGCUACAGAACUAGUUAUCACAUUCAUCCGCAUUCCUCCUGUUACUUACACCGCACGCGAAACCGUCAUUUCGGAGACGACCCAAGGGGGCCCACUUCCCAAAUUUGGGUUUGGCGUCUUUUUAAUUAACCUAAUAUUCCGGUUUUUAGACACGGUUGGCUACACGUUGCUGAACUGCGGUUAUGAUCCAAGGAAUAUCUUUUUAGGCCCCAUGCCUCUAAGGAAGAAAAUAUUGUAUGGAUUUUGCACGUUCAUGGUGUGGUUCGCAUUUAUACCAUUUUAAAGAUAAUAGUUAUAAUAAGUGGCGGAAGCUUUGGGCUUGCCGCGUUGACGACAAUAGCAGCACUAGAUGCUGCAAUGCUAGCGAUUUUGCCAUCACUUCGAGCGUAUGUCUUUUUAAAUCUUCCUCAUGUCCCUACUAUGAGCAUUAUGACCCUAAAGGGUAGUUAGACUAGCAAAUAGGGAAUCAAAAACAUUUCGAAUCAUGCAACCCAGCGUGCUCGAUAACUACCUUUAUGGUACGCUCGUAUCAAGACAUUGCAUAAUAUCAUUGUGACCCUGCAUAGGCGGAAAGUUAUGCGCGCCUGUCGCAGUUGUCCUUCGGGGCUUUAGUCGGACAUUAAGAAUUCUCGAUAGUUGAGGCUUUUAUAUUGUCUAGCUCUAUCCGUGGUGAAAUAUCAUGUCGGUCAGCU